AUGUCCGUAUCUGGCAGCGACAAUGGGAAAGUGUACUCGUGGAGUGACGUCUCUGGUAACGUGUACUACUACUAUAAGCACCCUAUGACUAAGGCUGUCUUGUUCGUUUUACUACAAGAGUUAUGUGAGCGUCUGGCCUUCUAUGGCUUGAUGCCCAAUCUGCAGAUCUUCCUCAAGGAGUAUCUUGGCGUUGAUGAUGCUGGUGCUAACUCGUAUAUCUCAACGUUCAACGCUAUCCUUUAUGUUACUCCACUUCUGUCUGCUGUGAUAUCGGAUACUAUUCUGGGACUGUACCUUACUAUUCUGGCCUUCUCUUUCGUUUAUAUGGCGGGUUUGGCUCUCCUCACGCUGUCUACGAUACAUUCGAUCAGUCAGCCGUGGAUGAUCCAUGUUUCACUACUCUUUCUCAUCGCAUUUGGUGCGGGUGGAAUUAAGAGUUGUGUGAAUGUUAUGGGAGCCCAACAGUUCCAUCCUGAGGAGCACAAAGAUCUAAUCACGAGGUAUUACACCUACUUCUAUGCUUCUAUCAAUCUUGGCUCUAUUGUUGGUGGUAUUGUGACUCCGAUUUUGGUGGAAUCGGUCUCUUUUACUGCAAGCUUCUCCUUCCCUCUCGUUGCCUUCAUCAUAGCAACGAUUGUUUUCGUUGUGGGUAACGUGAUGGGCCGUUAUGUGAAGCCGAAGCCUCAGGGAUCCGCUGUAUUAGAGAUCCUUAAGGUCAUCUUCUUUUCUCUUACGAGGUGUUCUCUGGAAAAGAACAAGGAGUCAAACGGUGGUCGUUUCAAGGAUGGUUUUAUCGAGGAUGCAAAGGCACUGUUCAGACUGGUGCCUUUAUUUUCCCUCAUUAUACCGUUUGUGAUGGCCUACAAUAACAUGACGACUGCUUUUCUAACUCAGGGUAAAAAGAUGGACACGAGCCUUUUCGGGUGGGAUAUGCCGGCUCAGAUGAUGCAAAACGUGGAUCCUAUUGCUGUGGUUUUGACCAGCGUGUUGGUUGAUACCGUAUUGUUCCCUCUCUUGAAGAAGUAUAAUAUGAUGCCGUCAGUUCUGGUUCGUUUUUGUAUCGGUUCGUUAUGUGGUGCGGCGUCCCUGCUCGUGGCUCUCGGUGUGGAGUACAUGGUUAUGAGCAAGGCUGUGUUCUCUGUCUCCAUUUGGUGGCAGAUCCCACAGUUCUGGUUGAUUGCUGCUGGUGAGAUCUUCCUGAUAUCCACUUCUUACGAGGUUGCAUUCACGUACUCUCCGGGAGCGCUGAAAGCAGUUGCUUCUGCGUUCAACCUUUGUUUCUUUUCCAUCUCGAAUGUUCUCUCGGCGGUCCUUUUCCAAGUGUGUUCCGAGUGGCUUCCAAACUUUGAUAUUAAGAAUCCCACAGAAGAGGCCGUUAGCGGUGCUCACUAUGAUUAUUAUUAUAUGGUUUUGGUAGCCCUGUGUAUUUUCGGUGCAGUUGGCGCGGUAUCGAUGAUCCCGUACUUCAAUAGGGUCGCCGCGAAGAAUGCGGCCAGGAAGGCGGAGGCUGAGUUAGAGAAUGUUGUGAAGAAGGAUGAGGUCGAUGUAUAA